AUGAUAAACCCCACCAAACUCAUCAGAAGUGCAGGAGUACUAAAGCAGAAACGAAUCACACUCCCAAGAGCCGCUAACCCCACAACCAGAGGCAUUGAUAAGGGUCACUUUGCAGUGUACACAUGUGAUGAAAUACGGGUUGUGUUGCCUUUGGGUUAUCUAAAGAACGACAUAUUUCAAGAGCUCUUGAAGGUGGCUGAGGAUGAGUAUGGGCUGCAGACAGAUGGACCAAUCAGGCUCCCGUUCGAAGCCACAUUUAUAAGUACAUGA